UGCGUCGCCGCGUUCCGUCGAUGGCAGCACCAGUCGAUCGCGAGUGCCUCUUCGAGCAGUAGUGCGAAGCAGAAAGCAGCAGAUGAGGAAAAGGAUGAAGCGGCAGCGCCCGGACGCAAGUCGACGUCAUCGGCGUCGUAGCAAUAUAUAAAUAUAUACGGCGCUGGCGACGUCCCGCGUCUUUUAUUAAUAGAGCGCGAGAGGCGAGCGCGGGGUCCUGCAGCGGACAUUUGCUAGGUGUUGGGUACGUGCAACGUGCGGACGGCUGAUGUAGACGUUCGCGGAGCUCGAGGUGGCAUGUGUGGGACUAGUGAUGAGUGAGUUGGAAUCGUCGCCAAGCACAAGAAGAGGCCGAGGACGAGCAAGAGCAAGAGCAAGAGCAGAGGCUGCGGACGGUGCCCGCGUCCGCGUCCGCAGUGCGCAUUAGGCAAUCAAUGAGGAGGAGGCUGCUGGUAGCACUAGUUCUCUUCUGGUGAUGGGACCCGGACCGGUGCGCGCCGCCCGCCGGUGACGGUGACGUGACCUGAGGAAUGUUCAUCCCCGACACGUUGCGCAGCUGCAUGGUGGAGCCCGAUGUGUCCUCGUAUCUCCAGACGCCGUCCUCGGGACAGGACGAGUUCCACCCAUUCAUCGAGGCACUCCUGCCUUUUGUCAAGUCCUUCUCAUACACGUGGUUUAAUCUCCAAGCCGCCAAAAGGAAGUACUACAAAAAACACGAGAAACGGAUGUCUUUGGAGGAGGAGCGGCAGUGCAAAGAAGCUUUACAGAACGAGAAAGCCGAAGUCAAGCAGAAAUGGGCCUCCCGUCUGUUGGGCAAGCUCCGGAAGGACAUUACGCAGGAAUGUCGCGAGGACUUCGUGCUGAGCAUCACGGGGAAGCGACCCGCAGUCUGCGUGCUCUCAAAUCCCGAUCAGAAAGGCAAAAUGCGCCGAAUAGACUGUCUCCGCCAAGCAGAUAAAGUUUGGCGCUUGGAUCUCGUUAUGGUGAUACUUUUUAAAGCAAUACCUCUCGAAAGUACGGAUGGCGAAAGGCUCGAGAAAAAUCCGGACUGUUCUCAACCUGGACUUUGUGUAAAUCCAUAUCAUAUUAAUGUGUCAGUGCGAGAACUGGAUCUUUAUCUAGCCAACUUCAUCAACAGCCACGAAAUACUAAGCGGAGUCUGUUACAAUAACAACAACAAGAAAGAGGACGACAGGAAAAACAAAGGUUACACCCACAAUCCGUACAACGGUGUAAUAUGUAAUGACAUUAUAUUAGCUACAGGAGUAUUUUCAUCAAAGGAAUUAUGGAAGUUGUCCAAAUCUUCUAUCUUGCACGAACUUUCGGAUCCGCAACCAACGAUGAACAGUGUCAAAUUAGAACACCCGGCCUAUUAUUGCAACAAUUAUUCAGAGCAGGGGCCUGUUGUCAGUGACCGGACGUCUUCAGUCGACGCCAUGGUCGUCUCAGCGGCCUACUCUAUACCUCAAAACACCACUCUAGUGUCUUCCAGUUCUCAACCUAAUCCAAGUACAAUAUUCUAUCAGCACAGUCCGGAGCCACACCAACACCAGCACCAAAACCAGGUGAAAUAUCCAGAAAACGGACACGACACCCUCUCCGACUUUGUCACUUUCGUGUGUCAAGAGACGGACAGCAGCAACCAAAACGCACAAAUGCAAACGAACAUGUCUCGAAGUCCGAAAACGCAGUAUUUUCCGUCGACGAUGUUGCCGCCGCCGCCCCUGCCCCCGAUGGCCCGUCCGGUGGCGAUAAUCCGUUCAACUGGCGACGUGACGCUAAGCGGGACAAACUCGCCCCCUGCGAGCAUAACCCCUCCAUGCAGCGAGGCGUCUCCCGCCGACGACGUCCCCGAGAUAUCGUCGUCGCCGCCGCUGAGUCCAGGCAGCCACGAGCGGCGCAAAAGCCCCUCGCAGAGGAACUCCGUGCCGACCAGCAGUCCGUACUCGCCGACGCGGGACUACUCCUUCAACCACUUUCACGGGCAGCCGGGACAUCUCUUCAGCUACCCCAGUAUGAGCGGGAUGUCUGGAGUUAUCAGCCCUACGAACCUCAGCAUGUACUCGGCCAGCGUGAGUACGUCCAGAGGUACGCGUUCUAGCAGCAUCCCGCGCUGGAGCGCCCCGCUGUUCACCCUGGACCAGGAGGACUUCAACAUGAUUGCGCACCAGACGAACCCGGAGUCCAACGCCAUCAUCCUGAUGGACGACGGCACGGCCAGUUCCGACCACGGACAGUGCUGCAGCAGUGCGAAUCUUAUGUGCGAUACGGACCGAUUCUUUCAAGCGGGCGAUGCCUUAGAGAGCGCGGGCCAGAGGGACGCAGAACUGCCCGCACCGAAGUCCCCGUGAGCAUCGACGACGACGACGACGACGACAAACUGCCUUAUCGCUUUCUUGCCAAUUUAUGUGUGAUUAUUAUGUUGGAUUUUGAUCAUUUCACGCGACUCGGUGCGCUAUAGGCUGCUCAACUAGCGUAGAUUAGGUUACUGUAUACAUACUUAUAGUAUAGACCGGUGCCAAGACAGGCUGUGGCGAUCCAGAAGGACCCGGCACGUCGGAAAGACACUAUUCGACCUGCUCGGCCCAACGGCCUGAACACGUUGGUGACGUUAGUUUCAAUUCCGUUCCUAUGCGGGGACACACCCCACCAUCGCCCCUUCCACACCACUCGCCAAAACCGGUUAAACCGGCUUCUGCAAAUUCACCACCUUUCCUACUCGUAACUUGGGAACUUAACAAAGAUAUACCCGGUUAGGAAUUUUUUGAUAUAAAUCUGAGCUUUGUUAGCGGUUCUAAAUGAGUUACGAAUUUUGGGCCACCACAAACGAUAAUUUAUCGUUGUCAAUUAAAUGUUCAGAAUUGUUACCGUAAUCGCGAACAAAUUAUUCUACAUGUAGUAUCAAAUCCCACAAUUUUUCAUUUUAAAAAGCAAGUGGAAAUCUUCUUAGUUGCCGAGUUCCCAAUAUUGUCACUUAAACCGGUUUAAACGGCUGCAACAAAACUUGAAAAAAACAAAAUACGUAGUUACACAGCAAGUCGCUCGUUGCGAAAUAUUGCAACGAAAUUGGGUGAGUAAUAAAUAUAUUAUAAGAUAUAACGUAUUUCUAUGUGCCACAGCGUGCGACAUCUCUAUUGCCCUUCCAAUGAAUCGUGGUUUCUAAUUAGAAUUUUAUAAUGUCUUGAAAUUUUACGAAAUAUUCUGAGGUAAUUGGGAAAAUAUGAGGGAAUUGCACGAAAUCUCGAAAAAAUCUGGUUUACAACAUACAUAGUACCUAUGGAAAUAAAAUUAUUGAAAUUUUACACACUUGACUGUGCAAUGAUAACAAUCACUAUCAAUUUUUAUAUUUUAUUUUGUAAUUAAAUAAAGUCGUAGCAGUCUCGUGAGUUUUCGGGGACUAACUGUUAAUUUAACUAAGUUUUUACACUAAGUGAAUUUAUUUUAAAUUUUUUACUUGAGCGGUUACAUAAUCACUAUACAACAAAUUUUAACUUUUUUUUGUUUAUGGGAUUUUUUACAAUCUUCAAUUUAAAAUCAUUAGUUAAGUGGAUAAAAUAAAUUUUAUACUACUCUCGAUGCUACUGUUUUUUCGUUUUUGAAACUUGGGUUAUAUUUUAUUUUCAAUAGGUCAGACUAUGACUUUAAAUCAAAUACUUAGGUCCAAAUAAUGAAACAAUUGGAAAUCGCGAUUUUCUUAGAUACGUCGGACUCUACUUCAAAGUUUUUUUGUAUGAUUUGUAUGUUCUUCGCAUUUUAUAAAAAUCGAUGAAAAAACUUUUCAAUUUGAGCGCCAAAUUUACAAGAUAGAGAUAUUACUUGUGCAGCAAUGUCUGCUUAUAACGAACCAGAAAAAUUGUUGAAAAUUUUUUCACUGGCAAUUUUCAUAGCGAAAACGAAUUCUUUCAUCGGAAAUUAUAAAUAGAAAAUAGGUGUUAGUAGUCUGCUCGGUAAAGUCUUGUUUCUUGGUUUUAUCCGAAAAUUGUACCAUUCAGUUUGGUUCGUUAGAUGUUCUAUGUAUGGAUAUAAAACAGGACAGUGUCGAAAAAGAGUGAGCGACUUGAGAGUAGUACUUGGGAUUUAUGCGGAUUACAGGGAUUUCUGUGGAUUUCUAAUGAUAGUUGCGUUGCCCGGGACGAAUCCAACGCUACUUUGGUUUAUGCCGAUUGUUUGGUGGGAGAUGGCGGUGCGGGGGUGGGCGUCCCCAGAGUUGGGUAGAAUAUCCAGCGAUGCUUGUCUUCCACAAACGUGCUUGUUGAGCGAACAAGUAAUGAGCUGGGUCUGUGCCUUAGUAUUACAAUAAUAUUACUGUUACCGUAGCUUAGUUAUAUUAGAGACGUUAUAACCGAGCUUGCUCACAGCGCAACGCCAGCUCAACUGUAUAUUACGACUAUACGUGAGUUGCCAGCUGCACCAAAUGGCAUUAUAGUUCACAUGUAUAUAACAUAUAUUUAUAUACUAUUGUAUAUUGCGGCACCACGCAGCGUCGGAGCCCCCGGGUUUGGUGCUUGGUGCUUGGUAGAUGAGAGGGUUUUUUGGGGGCUCCGGCGGUGUGGCCGUGUCGGUUGUUAAAUCUACUGUGAUUGAGUACCUUUAAAGCAGCCGCGGCCGAGCGAGGGUGCGACGGACAGUCCCGGGCGUCCCCCACGUCAUGCUCAUCCCGACUCCUUUAUCUUCUCAUUUCUAGUCGCGUAUAGCAGAGUGACCCCGACUGAUGUACCUAUCCCUCCGCUCUGAUUAACAAGUAUUGCUCUUCUGGGCACUCUGCAUUUCGUUUACUUCCCUUUUCCUUAGUACAAAUUUUUAGACCUUCAUCGACGAAAUUCAAAAGCUUAUUGGUUAAGAAAUAUAACAAUGUGAUAUAAUGUAAACACUAGGUGAAUCCAUCGCGUAUCCAUCCAUCGUAACAUCCAAGUCAAUAACUAACUCGGUGUAUGAAGUUAGAGGUGUAGAUUUUUUAUACUAAAUUUAAAACGGAAACGAGAUUAUACCGUCUAAUAUUUACAUUUACUUUACUUAAUACGUAAUUGUAGUACAAUUGUUUUCAAGCUUUAAACAUUAAUACUUAACCAGGUCUGUACUCAUAUUUUUUAACUAAUUCAAGCUUUUAAUCACUAAUAAUACUGUUAGGAAGCUGUUAGUCAAACACGUGAAGAUCUAAUAAUUUGGAAAAUUUACUCAUGUACUCCAAUGUUACAAUUAUACCGUAAAUAAAUAACAAAAGUAUUUGUUACUUACGCAUAUACUUAUAGAAUCGGGUGAUAUUUAACCAGUGCCAUUGAUAUUUUUGAUUCAAUUGUUGGACGUGUAAACGUCAGUAGUGGUUAUUACUAUUAUUAUUACUAUUAUUAAGUAGUAUGCUUAACAAGAAGCGAUUGUAUGACCUUAAUUUUAAGAAUAAAUCAGAGGGUUUAUUUCAUACAA